AUGGGCACAGCCGAGGCGCCUCGCUUCCUGCCUUACGCCUUCCCCGACGGGGCGGCGGGCGAGCUGGCGGCGGAGCAUGGAAUGGGGAGCCUCCCGUGCCCCAGGACGGAGCGAGGCAGCUGGGCCGGCGGGCCCAGGAAGAGGAAGCGGACCACCUUCAGCCGGGGCCAGCUGAGCCAGCUGGAGCGCGUCUUCGCCGCCCUGCCCUACCCGGACAUCGGCACCCGGGAGCGCCUGGCCGAGCUCACGCAGCUGCCCGAAGCCAAGAUCCAGGUCUGGUUCCAGAACCGGCGCGCCCGGAGGAUCAAGAACAGCCCCGCGGUGGAGCCGCCCGCCUGCGCGCCGGGCCCGCCCCCUCGGUGGCCGGACGAGGAGGAGGAAGGCGCGGCCGUCUGGACCGCGCUGUCCAGCUGCUGGGACGCCUUCCCCGGGCCGCCGACCUCCCUGGGCUCCAUCUCCGACCUCAUCUACAGCGCCGCGCUGGUGGCCAACCUGGGGGAGCUCUAG